GCGGGAAGAAAAAAAGAAAGUGAAAGUAAAAAGUGACGGAACUGUCUGACGCUGUAUUAACGGAGAAUUUUCUCUCAGAGACGACGAGAGACGAAUUUCAACAUAAUAUGCUGAUAACGAAGUUCACUGUGUUUCUGAGUGGACUCCUGAUGCUCUUUCUGCUUCCCGACUGGACAGAAAGUGUUGAAGAUGACACCGUGGACAUCAAUACUCUCGCCCGUAUUAUAAAUUUCUUUGAGCAGAACUUUAAGAGAGUCGAUAAAGAUGGACAUCCUCGUCAGUACGCUGCAGCCAUCAAUGUGCCGAAGCAUCAGUGUCAACAGAACUUCUUUCCUGCACAGAACAACUUCCUGACUCAGGAGAAUGUUUUGAAUGUGAAAAAUGCAAUUACUGAUGAAACAAACGCACUUUACCAAGGUUCAGAGCUCAUCGCUGCAGGAACUAGGAAACAGAAGAAAUACAACAUGCAUUCAGAGUCUCUCCUGCUGAAUCCUGCUAACAACUCGCCUAUGACCAAACUUUUGAAUAGAAGAAAAGACAGCUGCUCUGUUUUCUACACAUUUGAGUCUCCCUGUGUUGACACGUGUCUGAAUCCGACACAUGAAGCCAACAUUUUAGAUGCUCUGAAGAACUGGAAAAAACAUAAUGGUAUUAAAGCUUUUGUCUUCAAGAAUUUCUGGAAGUUUGACAAAGAAAAAGAUCUUCAGACUAAGUUUAAGCAGAUUGUGGCUCAUGUUCCUCUCUUCUGCUGUGUGAGUGAGAAUCAGUGUUAUGCUUGUAAAGGGGAAGGAGACACUCCCAUAGAUCGACGAUGUCUGCCUCAAGCGGACAAACGUGAAUUGUAACAUUGGGUCUUUUCUUUUCUAUGUGAUUCUGUAUUAAGAUCUACUAUCUUUUGUUUUAAAAUUCAAUAUGCAUAGAUGAACUAGUAAAAUCCAUUUAAAAAAUAAUUUUGCUGUGGCAAUCGUUUGAUAUUAUGCUCUAUUGCAUUAUAAAAUAACACUUCUUAACCCAACCGAUAUCCUUAACAUCAUAUGAAAACAUAUUGCUGAAGCAUCCGUGUCAUUUUACCUUGUUUUUACAGCACUGUUGAUAAUGAAUUGAAGUCUUGCAGACAGAAAAUGGAAAUGAAAUCAGAAUAGGGCCUCAUAUACUGAAACAAAUUAGGUUAAAUAUUUCAAGAGGGUUAUCAAGGGUUAGGGGUUGAUUAGGACUAUAUGUCAAUAAAAUGUAUAAAUUAAUCAAACUGUUCCUGAAAAAAUAAUAAUAUAAAUACAGAAUAGUCCUGAAACUGCAGCCUCCAGUAUUGCAGGAAUACCCUACUCAUAACUGGGUUUAACCUGUCUUAAAACUGAUAGGAUUCCUUCAUUACUGCCUCAAGUCUAUGGGAUGAACACAAAACAUCAAUUUAUGACUGAAACAGCUUCUUUUCAAUACUCUCUAUGUAGAACAAUAAAAAAUGAGAGCAAUAAAACUGGGAUCUUUUUUUUUUUUUUUUUUUUUUUUUUUUGCUGUACAGUUCAGUGCAUUAACAGUUUGUGAGGAGCAAUGAUAGGUGCUUUUAUAAAAUGUCUUAAGUGCUGUAAAUGACUGUAUUUUUGAUUGUGUGUGUGGUUCAGGUAAACCUUACAUAAUGGAGACAAAAUGUUCCAACAAAUGUGCCAAUAUCCAAAAUCCUUGUGGGGACAUUUAAUUUUGACAUAUAGGCUAAUACUGCUAACAAGACAUUCAUGAGUCAAAUGUAUGUAUAAUGACUGAUUCAAAAGAAAAAAAUAAUAAAAGAAAAUACACUGUA